AUGAGUAAAUACACACAUCUCAAUUAUGAUAAUGAUAGUGAUGAUGAUGAUGAUUUGCUUUCUUCACCAUUAAUCUCAAGAACUUCACCGCCAAAAAAGUCAUUAUCAGAUAAAUUUGCAUAUUUACCUUCAUCCAUUAAAUCCUACAGUAAGAUUAAUACAUCAUCACCGAUAAAAGAAAAGGGUAAUGACCCUUCCAAAACCACCAUUAGUAAUAACAACAAGACCAGUAGUUCAGAUCAAGAAUUACUUCAAUUACGUAAUGAAUUUCCAGAUAUAAUAGUAACACUGAUUAAAGCUGUUUAUGCUAAUGCAGGAUAUAGCAUAGAUUUGGCUAGAUCGAGAUUAAAAGCUUUGGGGAGAACGAGGACAACAAGGUUAAGUACUUUAGGAAAUUCAGAUGAUAAAUAUGGUGUUAACGAAAAAAACUUUGUUAAGCAUCGCUUGAAUAGACCACCAUAUCAAAUCAUGCAUCAUGAUAGCGAUGAUAAGAAAAACUCUUCGGUGUUAUCCUCAAAAAAAAGCUCUAAAGUUGAAUUAAAUAAGAAUAAUAAAUUAAGUAUUUACGAAAGGUACGCCUUGGAUAGGAAUAAUGUUUCUUCAACUUCUUCCUUGUCGAGAAGAAGAGUUGAUUUAAGUAAAAUCUAUCAAAAAGAGAAAAAAAAAAUGGGUAUACCUGAUUUUGAGGAUAUUUCUGAUGACAGUGAUGAUAAUAUUUUGAAAUUGAUACCAGCAAAUCAGAGAAAGAAGAAAAAGAAAAGAUUAAUUAGGAAAGAUGAAUUGGAUAAGAAAAAAAAAAUUAGAAUCGUAAAUUACGAUGAUGAUGAUGAUGAAAGAGAAGAAGAAGAAGAAGCUAAAUUUACCGAUGAUGAAGAGGAAAUUAGGGCUAAAAGAAGAAAAAGAAGGUUUAAAGAAGAAGAUAAUUUUGAAAUGGAUGAUGAUAUAAAUGAUGAAGAGUAUGGUGACAAUAGCAGCAAUAUUAAAGAAGAACGUACCGCUGAUAAUAUUUUAUCGUUUUUAAACACAGCAGAUGAAAGAGAGCUUGCUGAAAUUGCGAAUAUUCAUAUCAAUCAAGCUCGUAAGAUUGUUGAACAAAGGCCUUUUAAUGAUUUGGAAAAGUUCAAAAAAAUGGAUUUUCCAGUAUCGUGUAAUACUACCACUACACGUGGUAAAAAAUCAAGAAAUACAACAAAACAUGAUGGUGAAAAGUUUUUAGACAGAGCUAGCCAAACAAUCCAAGGUUACGAUGCAAUAGAAUCUUUAAUUAGUACAUGUAAUGUCUAUGGUACCACCAUUUCAAAGGAAAUAAAAAAAUGGGGCGUUGAUAUUAAUGUGAAUAAAAAUUCUGCCAAGAUCACAAUGGAUUCUUCCAAAACUGCAGAAGUUACUGAUAACAAUGAUGAUGUUAUUGGCUUAGAUUUCACAGUUGUUAAUAAACAAGUUACGACAUCUACGAACAGUGAUGGAUCUGAAUCCAAACAUUUUGAAUUGAAAGACAAUGAUGAAAAACAAAAAAUUGUAGCAGACGUGAUUGAUUUAGAAGAAAGUGAAGAAGGAGAAGAGGGAGAAGAAGGAGAAGAAAAUGAAAGUGAAAAAACGGAAAAAGAUCUUGGAGAUGAGUACGAUGAAGACGAAGAUGAUGACGAUUAUAACGAGGAAGGAGAAGAAGAAGAAUAUGAUGAGGAUGACGAUGAUUAUUUUGCCAAUAAGCAGCAUAUUAAGAACAAUAAAAGAAGAAACAAAAUGCGUGAUUUCACAGUUAGAAAGAAACAUACCUCAAUCGAAUUCUACAAUCAGAACCCUAAAUUAUUAAAUAGAUCUGUUCAAUUGAAAGAUUACCAAAUCUCGGGUAUCAAUUGGCUCUAUUUGCUAUAUCAAAACAACAUGUCGUGUAUUUUGGCUGAUGAAAUGGGGUUAGGAAAAACUUGUCAAGUUAUUUCCUUUUUAGCAUACUUAAGUCAAAAUUCGUAUAACGGCCCUCAUUUAAUUGUUGUUCCAUCUUCUACUUUAGAGAAUUGGUUGCGUGAGUUCGAAAAAUUUUGCCCCAAAUUGAGGGUUAGACCAUAUUACGGCAGUUUGGUGGAACGGGAAGAAUUAAGAGAAGUUUUGGCCGAUACUAAUCAAUACGAUGUUCUAGUAACAACAUAUAAUUUGGCAAGCGGCAAUAAAUACGAUCAAAAAUUUUUAACCAGUAGAAAUUUUGACGUCGUUGUUUACGAUGAAGGUCAUAUGCUAAAAAAUAGUAUGAGUGAAAGAUUUAUGAAAUUAAUGAAGUUGAAGGCUCAUUUUCGAUUACUAUUAACGGGUACUCCGCUCCAAAAUAAUUUAAGGGAGUUAAUGUCUUUGUUGGAAUUUAUUAUGCCACAAUUAUUUGUUUCUAAAAAGGAUGUUUUGUCCACUGUUUUUAAGCAUAAAACUACCACUAAAGAUGCCGGUUAUAAUCCAUUACUGGCACAAAAGGCGAUUGACAAAGCAAAAAUUAUGAUGAAGCCCUUUAUUUUAAGAAGAAGAAAAGAACAGGUUUUAAAGCAUUUACCGCCCAAAAACAUGCAUUUGGUUUACUGUGAAAUGACACAUUCGCAACAAUUGGUUUAUUCUAAAAUAGUUGGGGCUAUUUCAGAGACAAAUAACAAUAUUACCAACAGCAGUAAUAAUAAUAAAAAGAUAAAUAAUGUUAUUAACAAAAAGGAUAAUAAUAAUUAUAUCAUGGAAUUAAGAAAAGCUGCUAUUCACCCAUUAUUAUUCAGACAUUUAUAUAGCGAUAAAAUUAUAGAUGUAAUGAGUGAUUUAAUUCUAGACGAACCACAAUACCGAGUAGAUGGUAAUAAACAAUAUAUUGAAGAAGAUAUGAGUGUAAUGGACGAUUGGGAAUUGAAUCAAUUAUGUGAAAAUUUUCCUAAAACAUUAGGUUGUCAUAGGUUGAAAAACAGAGAAUGGAUGGAUAGUGGAAAGAUUGAAGAGUUAACUAGACUACUAAAAAAUAUAAUUGAAGAGAAACACGAAAAAGUUUUAAUUUUUUCUUUAUUUACUGAAGUAUUGUCAAUUUUAGAGGCUGUGUUAACUACUUUAAAUUAUAAAUUUUUGAGAUUAGAUGGAAGCACGCAAGUUAAUGAUAGACAAUUACUAAUUGAUAAAUUUUACGAAGAUAAUAGUAUUCCUAUAUUUUUGUUGUCUACCAAAGCAGGUGGGUUUGGGAUCAAUUUGGUGGUUGCCAAUAAUGUAAUUAUAUUUGAUCAAAGUUUUAACCCUCAUGAUGAUAAACAAGCUGCCGAUAGAGCACAUCGUGUUGGCCAAACUAAAGUUGUUAAUGUUUAUACUUUAAUUUCGAGAAACACUAUUGAAGAGAAAAUUUAUCAAUUGGCAGAGAAUAAGCUAGCCCUAGAUUCCAGCAUGUCAGGUAACAAUACUAGUGUUGCAUUAACAACCAAAAUUAUUGAUGGGGUCAAUAAGAAUACUAAUGAGAAGGAUGAAAUAGAAAAUAAAAUUGAUAAUAUUUUGGAAAAUAUAAUAAGCAAAGGUGAAAUUAAUGACGGUAACAACAAUGGAUAA